GAUCCGAGAGCCCCUUCCACUUCACCAAAUUCGGGUUCAAAGAAAACCCUAGGAACAUGACAGCUUGAUUCUUCAAACCGUGAAACUCUCCUCUCUCACGAUAUCUACGCUCUGCUCUCUCUCAUUUCUAACAUCAGUGAAGAAAAUGAAAGAACAACAAUAUGAAACUCUCACACCUCUCAAAAUCUCUCUCGGUAUCUCGCGAUUCUCUCAUAUCAAAAACAAAAUUCAAAUCAAGCAAGAACCCUAACCCCUUUUCAAAACGAUUCCGCAGAGAUUUACAAGAUACAGAUUUCAAUCGAUUGAAAAGAAAAAUUAACGGAAAAGGAAAAAUGAAAGAACACAGGAUGAUAAGGGCAAGCCUCAUGGUAUGAAUUAAGGAUGAAUUUAAAAUUCGGGGCAAAAUUGGGGUAUGACAAGAACUACUUGCAAGAAUCACCGAUACUCUUACCUCCUGUACCAGGGAGACCACUGAUCAUGUACCUCACAGUUCUCGAGAGGUCUAUGGGGUGCGUACUGGGGCAACAGGAUGAAACAGGCAGGAAAGAACACGCUAUCUACUAUCUAAGCAAGAAAUUCACGGAUUGCGAGUUUCGAUAUUCACCAUUGGAAAAGACAUGUUGUGCCCUAGCAUGGGCCUCCAAACGUCUAAGGCAAUAUAUGCUGAACCAUUCCACAUGGCUGAUAACGAGAAUGGAUCCUUUGAAAUACGUGUUCGAAAAGCAGGCUCUCACAGGUAGAAUUGCAAGAUGGCAAAUGUUGUUGUCAGAAUACGACAUACAAUACGUCACCCAAAAGGCGAUAAAAGGGAGUGUACUGGCAGAACAUCUUGCUCAUCAUCCCCUCGAAGAAUACCAAUCUAUGAAGUUCGACUUUCCUGACGAAGAUAUCAUGGUGGUAAGGGACUACGAAAUACCAGGCCCCGACGAAGGACCUGAACCGGGGGCAAUAUGGACACUUACGUUCGAUGGCGCUUCAAAUGCACUAGGACAUGAUAUAGGGGCAGUCUUGACAUCUCCUGACAAUCGGCACUUACCCUUCACUGCAAGACUAUGCUUUGACUGCACCAACAACAUUGCAGAAUAUGAAGCAUGCAUAUUGGGGUUAGAAGCGACAAUCGAUCUAAGGAUUAAAUUGCUUGAGGUGUACGGGGAUUCAGCACUAGUAAUCCACCAAGUCAACAAAGAAUGGGAUACUCGAGAUUCAAAGCUAAUCCCAUAUCGAGACCUUAUACUGGAGUUAAUGGCUGAGUUUGAGACGAUCACUUUUACUCAUAUCCCAAGGGAAGAAAAUCAAAUGGCUGACGCAUUAGCAACACUUUCCUCUAUGUUCAAAGUGACCUGGCCAAACCACGAACCACGGAUAACGGUUAGACACUUUGAUGAGCCUGCUUAUUGUCUCACAAUCGAGGAGCAGUCUGACAACAAACCAUGGUACCACGAUAUCAAAAGGUACUUGGAGAAACAAGAAUACCCGGAGAACGUCUCCACGAUUGAUAAAAAGACACUAAGGAGAUUGGCAGCUAAGUUCUUCCUGAGCGGAAAUAUCCUAUACAAAAGAAAUUACGACUCGGUGUUACUAAGGUGUGUGGAUAAAAAUGAGGCCAAGGAGAUUAUCAGAGAAGUACAUGAAGGAACCUUCGAAACUCAUGCAAAUGGACACUCAAUGGCUAGAAAAAUACUACGAGCGGGGUAUUACUGGUUAACAAUGGAAGCUGACUGUUUCCAAUAUGCAAGAACAUGUCACAAGUGCCAGAUUUACGCUGAUAAAGUACAUGUACCGCCAAAUCCGUUGAACGUUCUGAGUUCACCGUGGUCGUUCGCAAUGUGGGGGAUUGACAUGAUAGGGAUGAUCGAACCGAAAGCCUCAAAUGGACACCGAUUCAUAUGGGUGGCCAUAGACUAUUUCACCAAAUGGGUCGAAGCUGCUUCUUACACCAACGUGACGAGACAAGUAGUCACUCGGUUCAUCAAGCAUAACAUCAUAUGCCGGUAUGGGGUUCCAAACAGGAUUAUCACCGACAAUGGGUCGAAUCUAAACAACAACAUGAUGAGGGAGCUGUGCGAGGAGUUCAAGAUUGAACACCACAAUUCUUCACCAUACAGGCCUAAGAUGAACGGCGCUGUCGAAGCUGCAAAUAAAAAUAUCAAAAAGAUAAUACAAAAGAUGGUGAAAACAUACAAGGAUUGGCACGAAAUGCUUCCCUUCGCCCUAUACGGUUACGGAACCUCGGUGCGCACAUCUACAGGAGCAACACCAUUCUCUUUGGUUUACGGCAUGGAAGCAGUCCUCCCUAUCGAAGUGGAGAUUCCUUCAUUAAGAGUCCUGGCUGACACAAAGUUAGAAGAAUCGGAAUGGGUAAAAACUCGUUUCGAUCAGCUUAACCUCGUUGAAGAAAAGCGACUGACGACUUUGUGUCACGGGCAACUCUAUCAGAAAAGGAUGAAAAAGGCGUUCGAUAAAAAGGUUCGUCCUCGAACUUACAAAGAAGGUGAUAUUGUUCUCAAGAAAAUACUAUUACCUCGACUUGACGCCCGUGGAAAAUGGACACCGAACUACGAAGGUCCAUAUAUUGUAAAAACGGUGUUCUCAGGAGGAGCGUUAGUUCUCACUACAAUGGAUGGGGACGAGCUACCGCACCCAAUCAAUUCUGAUGCGGUCAAGAAUUACGCCUAGCAAAGGCAGGAUUAUUGGUCAUAAGCUGAAUAUAGACUACGAAGGAUAGGGAUUCGUGCAAUCAUCUACUUCUAAGGUCGAAGGAUUAUUGGGACCCUUGAUAACAAAGGACCAACGGCAGUAUUGAUAUCAUUUCUAUUUGUCAUUUUCUUUUCUUGCAUUUUUGUACACUCGCCAAUUCAAGGCAAUAUCAAUACAAAUUUCUUUUCUUGCAUACUACGCUUUCUUUCUCAUUUCAAUACCAUUUGCAAAGAUUAAAUUAUUUUCAUAAGCUUUAACUUGGAUUUAACAUGAGAAACUUACAAACUUUCAACACAAAAGCAAUAGGAUAAAACUACGAAACCUCCGGAAGGCUACAUACGCCCUACGCUGCGAUCACUCUGAUCUAAUAUAACUCUUUCACAAAGGAUAAUAUCAGUGGGUCAUUCAAAUACAAUCCGAGCUAGGAUUCACAAACACUUCGAAAGGGGUUAAACAAAGGCAAUGGGUGAUAAGGAGAUAAGGUGUUGGAGUUAUCAUACAUACUCAUUUGCAUACACGCAACACUUGCAUGUGUAAACAUUCAUGCACAUACAUUAUACAAACAACAGGGGCAUAUGCAUGCACAUGAUGCAUACACAUGGUGCAUACACAUGGUGCAUACACAUGGUGCAUACACAUACAAAAAAAGAACAACUUCUACGCAGGUAAACUUGCCCGAACCGGGGUAAGCGAUCCAAUGGUGCAGGUGAAUUUGCGAUAACCCUCGCAAAUGAUCCUAAUGGUGCAGGUGAAUUUGCGAUAACCCUCACAAAGGAUCCUAUUGGUGCAGGUGAGUCUGCUAUAAGCAUAGCAAAUUAGCCUAAAUGGAGCAGGUGAAGUUGCUAUAAGCAUAGCAAAUUAUCCUAAAUGGUGCAGGUGAAUUUGUCCGAACCAGGGCAAAUGAUCCUAAUGGUGCAGGUAAAAUUUGUCCGAACCAGGACAGGUGAUCCUAAUGGUGUAGGCGAGAUUUGUCCAAACCAGGACAAAUAAUCCAAAUGGCGUAGGUAAAAUUUGUCCGAACUAGGACAAAUGAUCCGAAUAGUGCAGGUGAGCUAGUCAGAGUUAUGACAAGUAAUCCUAUUGGUGCAGAUGAACUUGCUAGAACUAUAGCGAGUGAUCCUUGUGGGGUUUAUAAACUGUGAAAACUUACUAGAACUAUAGUAAGUGGGGUUCACAAACUGCGAAAGUUUGUUGGCAAUACAGUAAGCUAAUUACACAACUAACGGCAAGUCCUCGCUAUGUAAGACUCAGGCUGUAGCAGGACGAUUCUCUCACUCACACUCAAGCACGAGGUAAAUUUAGGGGUCUUCCAUUAUUUAAUAACUCUUCAAUCCGAAAAGCGUGAGACCUGCGUAUUCUCACGCUAUUCAAUCCAAGAUAAUUAAAUAGGGGCAGCUGUCAUACCCCAAAAUUUACCCGAUGUGAUUCCCGUUUCAAUUUAUUAAGGGCGUUAAAAAUUAGGAGCCAUAGGGUUUAGUAUACCUAUUAUUAAACUCGAUCUCCUAUAAAAUUCCCGUAUAAAUUGGUUUAAAAUAAGUAGAGGUAUGAACUGCAAAUAUUUAAGGUUCAAUUCAUUUUGGGCCCAUCUGUUCCUCGUCAUUUCCUUAUUUUUAUUAUCCUUGUGCAUUCCCACUAAAUAACAUUAUCAUCAUUAAUCACUAAUUAGAUUAUUAUUAUUGGUAGGAUUAUUAUAUAAUUUUGUUUCUAAAUAAAUAGGAGCUAAAUUAUAGUAAUCUCAUUAUUAAGGUUAAUCAUUUCCAUUAGGGUUUUAUUUAAUUUUUAUUACUAAAAUUAUUAGUUAACUGGUUUAUUGCUACUAAUUAAUUAAUUAACUAAUUUAAGUAAAUUAAAUAAGUUAAGUGGAUUAUUGGGUUUUUGUUGUUUUUGUUGCUCGUGGGCCAAAACGAAUUGAUGUUACUGGGCCAAAGACUCGGGUACUAGGCCAAGCAUGGACCAGGGACGGACCGGGUCAAACCGACCCGCGUCCUGUGCACCAUCUUCCUCCUCACAGCAAUGGCCGCCGCUGCAACACACAAACCCUAGAUCUGGAAACCAAACGCCCAGGCCCAUGAACAUGAAUCUUCAGAAUCAAAUCCUAGCAUUGAAUCCAAUCUUCAAUCAAAUCUUAAACACAAAUUGAAUCUUAACAAAAUGAAUAAAACGGAAAUCAAUUCAUAACAAAAGAAAUAAAAUAAAAUCUUCAUUAAUCAAGAUAAGAUUACAAUGAAUCAAUUCUGAAACAAAUCUAAUCUAACCUAAUCAAAUCUCUAACUUAAAUCUAACAUUUCCUAAACGAAUUAAACCCUAAUACUAUAAAUUGAAAAGAAGGAAACAGAAGAAGGGGUCGGAGAAAUUUCUGGAGAAGCGCUUGAAGGCCGCCGCGAAUACAAACGAACCCUAGCUUCAUCGUACCUGCGAAAAGUGAGAGGGGAAGAGGAUUAGCGAAAGGAGCUUACACGAUCCAACAUUCAAGACAUAAGGUAUUGUAAAUUGAAUCACAUAACUUAAUAGUCUUGAUCUGCAUGUUCGAUUUGGGGUUUAUGAUGUGAAUCUGGAACUUUUGGGGGUUUAGGGUUCGUGAGACUCAUGGUUAUUAGGGCUAGGGUUCUAACGAAUGGGGUUAGGGUUCAUAAAUGUUUGAAGGUUUGUUCAAUUAUCUGGGCUUGUAUGAAUGUGGGGGUUCAGAGGAUAUGAAGAUCUGCAAGAUCUUCAUCCUUCUGGGUAUUCUGGGUGGGAGAGGGAUUGAACGCAUGAGUUUCACGGUUGAAACUCAACCGGAGACUGGAAUUUUACGGUGGGGCCAAGGGUGGUUCACGGUGGGGCGGGGUGUUUCCUGGGUGCGUGUUCUUGGGAGAGGGCCUUAGAGAGAGAGCUUGAAAGGGGUAACGAGAAAGAGAGAGAGUGGAUCCGAUUUGCUUUGAUGGAUCCGAUUUUCCCCGCCGUUAGAUUAGUGCCACUUGGCCUCCCAUGGCCACUUGGCAGCAUCACUGGACAUGAUCCAGUGUGCCUUCCAUAUCGUACGCCCUUAUCAUACGCGCAUGCAGACCAUCUGAUCAGCUUAGGGCCAGAUCUAACGCAUCAUACCCUGUAACACAUUCCAAUGCGAGCACCUGCGUCGCAUAGGAUCCUGACGGAUCUAAAAUACUAAUGGGCUUGGCCCUUUACUAUCCACACACCCUAUAAUUGCUACCCUUAAACAAAAAUACACCCCCCCUUGCGCAAAAGAAAAGAAACUAAUGGGCCCAAAUCUCUUUCUCUAUUUACACCCCUAAAUUUUCACAUAAAAAAAUGAUAACAUAAAAAAUGAUAACAUUUAAAUUAAUUAAUCUUAAAACGUUAAUUGGUUGAUUGUUUGUUUUUUUGAUUCAAUUUAAUUUCUCCUCGAGCCGACUAAAUCUAUUAGUCGUUGUAGAUGAGAAAUAAUUAUUUAAUUAACUCUCAUUAAUUCUCACCUCGACCCGACUAAAUCUAUUAGUCGCUUUAGACGAGAGAUAAAAAUACACAAAUUAAAAUACAUUUUAAUUUGCUGCCCGCGACGAUCAAUCUAUCGAUCUGAGUAAUCAGCAAUGCCCCGUAAUCCGUUAGCUAUACUGACCAAACCUAUUGGUCACCGCAUCUAACGGUGCCAAAUCAAAUCAGGGUUGUACGCCAAGCCUCAAAAUAUUUUCACCUUUCAAAACAAAUUUCAAAACUACGAUAGGCCAUUCAAAAAGCCUUUAAAACAAUUUCAAACCACGAAUUCAAUCCUAAGGCGUACAACCCUGUGCCCGAACUACGUUGACUCUGAUCCUCCAUAAGGAGGUACGUAGGCACUUGGUAACAAGGCGAGUCUUCCCCCCUAUAAUUUCAGUUCAUUCUUAAAUCUUAUUUUUUACCUUUUUUCAAUUCAUUAGCUAUAAACCUCAUAAUUAUUGCCAUAAACCUUAUCUUUACAAUGUUAGCCUUUAGGAAAGGGUUGAGGGUGCCUAACACCUUCCCUCAACCUGAUUAUAAUAACUUACCCUGAAUCUCACAUCUGCGUAGGGUUUCCUAUUCGCCCUUCAGAAUAGGUGACGACUCUAAACCUUUCAAUUUUAGGGCAGGUUGCUACACUAAUAAAGCAUGACAAAUGACUUAAAGUUUUUUUUAUUUUAUUAAUUGUAACAUCCUGGUUGUAUAAUCACUCUGAUCUUUAUUAUAAUUUCCGCGGGGGUUUAGAAGGGUGUUACAAUAGUGGUAUCAAAGUAGGUCGGUCCGUCCGACCAAUUGUAGAGUCAGUUGAGUUGCACGAUAGUUGAAUACUGUCGGCAUAUUAUCCCUUGGUAUGCGACAUGUGAGUGAAUCACUGUCGGUACUUGGUUAUUUUGUUGCAGGUGUUGGAUUGAAACAAGUGGGGGAGAAGCUUCACUUCCCGAUUAUGCUUCGGUUGUUAGAUGAUUGGUUCAGUAGGAUGUUGUUGGCAACAGUGCAAGCGUUGUUGGAGUUGCUGUUUCCCGAAUCGAAGGUGACUUGGGAUUAAGACUUGACUGGUAAUUAAGUUGGAGCAUCUUGAAGGAGGAUGAUUAGAUGUAAUUGAUGAUUAUUUGUGGGAGAGGUAAAUUAGAAAGUUGCAAUGUAUCAGCUCUUCUGGUGGACUGCGAAGUUGUCAGUUGAGUAGCCUUGCGUCUCGGAAGAGGUUCAGUUACAAGCUUGCAAGGAGGAUUGAUGCGAUGAUAGUUCAGAAAUCGAACUUCGGAGAUGGGAUUGUGUUGCUAAAGUUAUAAGAGUGUUUGGAAGCAAAGAGAUAUGAUAAGGGGCUGUUUGGAAUGUGAUUGAUUUGAAGAUGAUGAGUUUUAGAGCGGAAUUCCCGUAACAAAAACGCAGGAAAGUUGUUGAAUCGUUAUGAAACUUCGAAAAUUCAUAACUGGAGUUCUAGACAUCCGAUUUGAGUUCCGUUUGAAGCGUCAGAAAGAUAACGAGAUGAACUUUGUUAUAAAAAUGGUUGCAGCAGCUGUAACAUAUUUAAUUGUGUCAGUAUGAUGUUAGAAAGAGGUGAAGUUACGGUUACACUUGUUCUUAGAACUAGACUUGUUCGUGGGUACCGCACGAGACUUCAGCGUCAGAGUUGAACGGAUUGAAAGAAUAAUGAGAAGGUUUAUUGAGAAGUAAUUUUAAGAAUUGAAUAUACCAUUUGAGGGGUUUUGGAAAUAUCGUUUAGAGUGUCGCUACAUGGCGUCGGUGUUGCAUUUUCGGAUAACGAUGGAAAAUUCAUAUCUUGAGUUCCGAGUGUCGGAUUAAUAUGUCGUUUGAACCCACGAAGAGGAGAGAUUAUGUUAUACCCUAUAGAAGAGUUAUAAAUACAGUAGAGUGAUCCUACAAAGAGAGAUUUUGAAUUCGGUUAAGGAAGCCUGAAACUUGUUGAAUAGGAAUGCCUACUACCGCGGUUGUUUGAAACGAAAUUGAGUAGAACUUGUUGUUGAGGAAUAAGUUGAUCAGAUGUUCGAUAAUAAAUAUGAUUUGAGUUCCGAUGGAUUUUAGUGAGGAGUGAAUUAGUAGGAAAGGUGGAACAAACUUCGGGAACAUUUGAAGUCGUAUUUGUGAUGCCAAAGCAACGACAUGUAUAAAAGAAGAGUUAUAAAGGAUUUCUAACACCUAUUGAGGUGAGGAAGACUUUGUUGAGAUUCCAAGUGGAAUGAUACUUGGAAGCAAAAGAUGUCAUGGGAUUUAGGGUGAAACCAGGAGUAUGAAUGUUGUCGCGGUCUUUUGCUAAGACGAGGAUUUUGAUUGGAACGAGAUAAAUAGUAAUGUACGAGUAUAUUAGUGAUUGUGAAGUUGGAAGUACUUAACAAGCGUGUGAUGCUAAGUGACUACGAAGUGGAUUGUGUAAAAUGUUUGGAUGUUGUUGUCUCACCGAUAAGAUCCAAUGAGAGGAAAGCGUGCGAUUUGUAAAGACUCAAGGUGAAUUACUAUGACGAUGUUAAUGAGUUUGGGUGCAAACUCGGAAAAGGGACACUAUUAUGUAGUGACGACGGUUUAUGCUUAAAUAUGGUUGUCAACUAUCUAUUGACAAAUUUAGGACUUGAUCACCCUAAAUCUCAUGUUGGUAGUAGAUGGAAUCAUAUGAAUGGGAUGAACUUGUUUUGUUACCUUAAUGGUAUGAGUUGUGAUGGAUGUUAAACUGUGAAAAUAAUCACUCACCAUGCUGUGUGAAUUUAUGAAGAAGUGAAUAUGAAAGAGUGCAAUAUAUUGGAUGAUGAAUUAAGACGGGUAAUCAGAGUCGCGCAGCAAAAGUGUGAUGUGGAGUAGUGUGCGAAUACUACUCGUGGGCAGUGAGGAAUUAAUAUGCCGGGAGCCUACGUAAAGAACAUGAAUUGAUCUAUAUGUUGGAUUUAGAAUCUGGUGGAUGCAAGGAUGUCGCGCUAGAGAAUUAAAACUCUUUUGAAUAAAUUGCCGAGAUGACGAACAUGUUAUCGUGGUUGUACGUAGUUAACGAGUAUGUAUUCAGCGAAGUUAAGGCGAUGAGUGUAUACUAUAUGAUGCUAUAAUAAUUUUGUAGUGUUGUAAGGUAUUAUUGUAGAUUUCCAGAUAUAAUGAGGAAUUAUACUCUAUGAAGGACGAAGUUGAUUUAAUUCUUAGAAAAGAGCGGGCUUCAGUUUGAGCUAUUUUAUAAGCAAUGGUAUAUUAAGGAUGAUGAGUGUGAUUAUAAUUACUUGUGUGUACUCGUUCUGAUGGUAGGAAUGUUUAAAUAGAGGAAGUAAAUCAGGACUUUGUUUUGAGUGUGAGUAAGUAUUGCUAAGUGGUAGAUUAGUACCAUGUAUGAUAAAGAAGGAUUCUUGAACGAAUGAGUAAAGAGAGUCGGAAUUGGGUAAAAAUGAGGAAUCUAAUUGGUAAUGAUGAUUGUAAUGAGUAAUCAAAAUAGUGCAGCAAAAGCAGAAUAUAACGUGUUGGAUAAUUGCUGGUAUGACUUGAGAGGAGUCAGAUAGUUGAAAUUCAAUGGUAUAGAAAUGUUAUUAUCGAGUUUCUUGAAGGAAGCAGUUGGUGAAAAGUGUAAGUAUUAUUUCAUCGCUCAGAUGGAAAAGUGUGUCUAAGGUUGGUACGAUCGGUAGAUGGAAUGCCUUACUGCAGUGUUGAUCGGGUGUGGUCAUACCAUGGUUGUGUAAUUAUAUUACUCAGUUAUUGGGUGUAUUGUAUGGGCUAUACCUCAAUGUUCCAUUGUUGUCAAUCUUUUAGAGGUAUAACGAGGGGUACACCUUUGGAUGGUCAAAUGUGAAGUAAGAGUUGAGAUUUGAAUGUAUGAGACAUGUUUUCUGUUGGUAACAUCAGAUGGAUUUUGAUGAUCGACUGGUGGGAAUGUUACUUAGGAACUAGAGAGUUAGAUGAAGGACUCCUAUCUGGAACUUUUCACUAGAAGUACGUUUUCGAGGACGAAAACUCUUUUAGUGGGGGAGAGUUGUAACACCCCAUAUUUUCUAAUUUUAAUUUAAUUGGAAAUUAAAUUAUUAAUUAGAAUUAUUUUGGUAUUUGGUUGAAUUAUUGUAGAAUUAUGGAUUAAGGGCCAUUGGGCCGGAUGGUGAGGUUAGUAGUAUGGGGGUGCUAAGUGAGUAAGCCCAUUACUAACUAUUUUAUGUUUUCAUAAAAUAAGGGAAAUAAGGAAAAAGAGUCAGAACGUGAAAAAUGAGAAGUUGAAGAGAAGAGCUGAGGAACGUAAAGAGGAACCAAAGAGGAAGAGGACCAAAAUGAAGAAUUUGGCUAAGGUAAGGGGUGAUUACUCUAAUUAUAUGGUAUUAUGAUUUUGAUGAUGAUAGGAUUGAAUUAAGGAAUUAGAAUCUCUAUUUGGAAUGUUAGGUUUUGUGAAAUUCCAACACUGACAUGCAUGAUUUGAUGAAUUGACUGCAAUUGAUGAUGUAGUAUUGUUACAUGGUGUUAUGGUAUGUUGUUUGUGCAUUAGAAUCAUGUAUUUGGAGUAUUUUGAUGUUAUUGGUGAUCAAUUUCGUAAUGGUAUGAGUUGGUAUGUGUUUGGGAUGCAUAAAAGCCUUAACAAUUAUGUUUUUCAGCUACUGGGUUCGUAGGAACCGGUUCCCAUGUGGGAGGAACCGGGUUCCGGUACAAAUUCCAGCAGCACGUUUUGAAAACUACUCUAACUUUAAAAGCUUCUAAUUUUCAAACCGUAAGUCCGUUUUAGACGCCGUUUUGGACGUUGUUCCUUAAAUUAAAUGAUCUACCAUAUGAAAUAAAGAAAACAACAAUAACUUGAUUUUAUUUUGAAAAGUAUCAUUUUCUUCAAAUGUAGUUAUUCUUGUUUUGCAUAGUUAAUGAGGUGCAAUGAUUUGUUGUUUGCAUAAUUGAAUAUGUGCAAUAUGUGUGUUGUUAUAAUGUGAUUGCUUUUGCUUGUUAUGCAAAUUGAUGUUGUUCGUGGUAAAUAUGGUUAUCAUGUGUUUUGAUGAAUGAUGAUGCAGAUGGAUGUUAUUCAUGGUAAAUGUUGUUAUCAUGUGUUUUGAUGAAUGAUGAUGAUUGAUUUGUUUUGAAUGAUGCAUGAUACAUGUACAUACUUGUUGGUGAUAACUAUGUUGAGUUAUGUGAGACGAUGUUGUUCAUCGGAUCGGUGAUGUUGUAAGUAUGUCAUAUGUGUGCAUUCAUUCAUAAAUCAUUUGCGUUGGAUCCCGUUGAUGAGUGGAUCGUUGGUGGCUAAUUCCCAUUGUGCGGAGAUUAGUAAGUAGUCAUCGUGUGCCCAUGUGGGGUGUGAGCGAUGAGGUUAGUCUUGUGCCCAUGUGGGGUGUGAGCGACUUGAAGGGCAGUAUCGCAGAGAGAAGUCCUGUGAAUGUGAUUCACGAAUUUUGGUACCACAUGCAUAAGAGUCUGCAUGGUCUUUGUAUAAAUUGUGACAUGUCAGGAUGAAAUCCGGUGUUAUGAUUGUGUGGUGUUAUUGGUGCAUACUUUUGACUUGUACUUGUGAUUGGUAUGAAUUGAUAAAUCUGAAUAUGCUAAGUAGAGUGGAUAAUUGCUUAUGAAAUUCUAUAUCUGACGAUUUAUAAUGCUAUUUAAUUAUGAUGUAGUCCCACCCUUAC